AGACACUAGACUGGAGUGUCGAAACGUUGGGUCUUGAUGACAAUUCGACUGGGCUUUGUAAUCAUUUAUUUAAACCAGAGUAGCGAGCGAAAUAUCAUUUGUAGAUCUUUAACAUCUUUUCAGUAACUUUUAUUUAUUUAUUUUAUAUUCUUAGAUUAUUUACUGUGUUUAAAUAAAAUUGUACUGUACAUACUGUGCUGAACAAAACAGCAAUUUUCGGGCGUUUCCCCCUUGCUGGGAGGGUUUGUGCGUCCUUUCUGCUAAUUUUGACAUGAAAUAAGACUUUAUUAAAUGAGAAUAUACGUCUUUUUCUAGAGAAGAUAACCAUGCCUAUAUAUACUAGGAAUUCUCUUUAAAAAUCCCUUUUUUAGUGCUAAUAUUCACAUAUUUAUUCAAUUGAUUUAAUAUAAAAAUUUGAGACUUCAGUUAAAACCAUCUUAAAAAUGAAUUUAGAGGCAGUAUUUUGGACACUAUGUAUGUAAUAUAGAUUCCGAAAAUUCUUUCUCUUUACGAAAUUCAAUACAAAUUAUAUAUAGUAUAUAUAGUUCAUGUAUAUAUGUCAUAUUUUCAUCGAAUUCUGGCAGGUCGACGCUUAACUGGUCAUGUAAUCAGUGAACUUAAUACUUAUCUCGUGGAAUGCUGUCUAUAUUGUCUAAGAAAAUCUUCUGACUGUAAAUCAAUCAACUUCAAAGCAACAAAACAUCAAACUCAUUCGAAAAACUGUCAACUCAUCAACGCUACGAAAACAAGUCAUCCUCAGAAUUUACUGGCUGAUAAAAACUACGAUAAUUAUGAACUUCUUGCUCUGAAAAAGGUAUUUUUAUAGAUAAUUUCCAUCGAACAGUGACUGAAUAAGUAUUAGCAUUAGACUAAAACCCGUUUACACUAGAUUCCUCAUUCAUGUUGCCAUUCACACACGCAGCAACGAAUCCGAUAGUAAAUCUUAAUUCUCGGCUUCGUGCCGUGUCCGGAAACUUUGAAUCCAGAAAAGUUUGUGGGAAAUUCGUAUCCGGAAACAUUUGAAUCGUGAAACGACUUUCCGUCAAUAAUCCGAAUCAAUUCGUUCCGCUGUAUUUUUUCAAAUUUAUUGCUAUUAAAUUCAACCUCCAAACUUGGUCAAAACAUCGCAUAAUAUCACUAAGAGGGUUAAAAUUAUACUUAAUAUUGACCAUUGCUAUGUCAAGUUAAUGCGUAUGCCUGAAAAACAAUGAAUCCGGAUGCCUUACAGGAACCGCGAAACAGGGGGAACUGGAGGAGCACCCCCAAGACUUUUUCGAAUUUUCGGUGGACAAAAAAAAAGAAGUUACCUGAUAAAAUUCAACCUGCCUGCGUGGAAUAACUUCCGUGCAAUCCCUCCUCCAUUUAAACAGGCUCCGCGGUCCAUGCUUUAACGAAUCCGGAACUUUCGCUAAAGUGUAAACGUGUCUUAAAAUGAAACCGGAAUUUAUAAUUAUAAGAUUGUUAUAUUACCUGAUAUAACAUACAACAUCUCAAAAACUAAAUUUGUUUUUCAUUUGCAGAAAAUAGAAAAACAAACACCGGUAAAAUAUGGUAAGGUGACUUGAACCAAAUUUAUCUUAACAAACAUGUAUACAGAGUAAUUGUGUGAAGCCAGAUUAAGGUUAUGUUGAGGUACGCUUGAGGUUAGGUUAUACAAGGUUGAUGUGUUGAAGUGCGCUUGAGGUUAUAGGUUAUAUAAGGUUGAUGUGUUGAAGUGCCAAUGAGGUUAGGUUGAGGUUAACAAUUUGAGAAUAGGUUGAAGUUAGGCCGCUGAGGUUAGGUUGAGGUUAGGUUGAGGUCAGGUUGUGGUUAGGUUAAGGUUAGGUUGAGGUUAGGUUGAAGUUAGACUGAGGUUAAGUUGAGGUUACCUUGAGGUUACCUUGAGGUUAGGUUGUAGUUAGGUUGAGUUUAGGUUGAGGUUAGGUUGAGGUUAUGCUGAGGUUAUGCUGAGGUCAGGCUGAGGUUAGGUUGAGGUUAGGCGGAGGUCAGGUUGAGGUUAGGUUAAGUUUAGGUUGAGUUCAGUAAAGAUUUAUUAAUUUACUUUAGCGAAAAGUUGUGAUGACCUGUACAAAUCAGGCAAGACAACCACUGGGGUAUAUACAAUCGACUCGGACGGCCAUGGAGCUUUUCUUGUUCGUUGUGAUAUGGAAACCACUCCAGGGAGGGGUUGGACUGUAUUCCAAAGACGUGUAGAUGGCUCUGUGGACUUUUACAGAAAUUGGACUGACUACAAAACUGGAUUUGGCAAUUUGUCUGGUGAAUUUUGGCUCGGGUUGGACAAGAUUCAUCGCCUAUCAGCCAGUGGACAGAAUGUACUAAGAGUUGAUCUCGAAAGCUUUGAGAAGGAGACAGCUUAUGCAGUUUAUGAAUCAUUUUCUGUGGGAAAUGAAAGCGAGCUUUACAUUUUGAAUGUUGGUGAUUACUCAGGUAAGAAUAAAUCUAUUUAUAAAUUCCUUGAAUGCAUGUGUACAGAAAUAAUUCCGAAAAUCAGAUUGAGGUUGCUCCUUCGUAAUUGGCAAUUCCACUAUAGAAUUAUCACAUUUGCACGUGAGAAGAACGCACGAGACAAGUUUUUCUAUUUCUUUUAUAAUAUAAGUAGACGAUAUUACAUAGUAAGCAAUUUUACUCAAAAGAUCGACCUCGAAAUUCUCCUAACAUGUACUCAGUGACUCAGCAAGUCUGAGCAAUUAGAAGUUUCCAUUUCAGACAAUCACGUCACUUGGAAGAAAUUUUCACGUGUUUUGUAUCCGUAAAAAAACGUGACGUAUUUUCACCAAUUUGAUAUAGGUACCGCUGGUGACUCCUUGUACUAUCAAAAUGGUACGAAGUUCACAACGAAGGAUGCUGAUCAUGACAAUCGCAAGAAUGGAAAUUGUGCUCGAACGUUCCUCGGAGCAUGGUGGUAUAACGACUGUCACUCUUCCAAUUUAAAUGGUUUCUAUUUUCAUGGCAACCACAGUUCGUACGCUGAUGGCAUAAUUUGGAGGUACUGGAAAACUCUUUAUUACUCCAUGAAAAAGGCAACGAUGAAACUAAAAGGAAUUUAAAGAAACGGAAUAGUCGAAGAAAAAACUGUUGUCGAUUACGUAAUAAAAUAUUGAUUUAAAAUGACCUUGUGCACUUAACACUUUUAGACAAAUAGAAAUUGGGUAUAAACUGGUGUUAAUAAUACUACGGAUUAUAAAAUAAAUGGAUAGGACUCUAGCUGACGUAAGCAAAAACAACCUGGUUGCAAUCUGUGACGUCACGCGUAUUGCAACGUUCUCGGUAUUUAUGUUGUUUCGCUAUACUUUCCGCUUUAAAAGAGUAAUAUUGAAGCAUAAACUGGUCUAAUUGUUUUAAAAACAUGCCUAAGCCACGACAAAGUAUUCAAGGUAAAUGUUUCUCGUCUUUGUUUUGUAUUUUUUUUUACAUUUGUAGCUACGAAAUUGGCGUCCCUAAUUUAAACGAAAUUUGCGAUGCAUUUUUCACUGUUUAGUGCUUGAAAUAUUUGCCAAAAUUGACUGGGAAUACUUAGAGAUUUCAUCGUAGAAUGGGGUAGUCAUAUUUAUUUGCCCUUUGACUAAAAUGUUUAGCUGUAUUAUUGCUAAACAUGCCGUUUUUGAGAAUUUGGUUUGCAACUAGGUUUCAACAUCCAACCACGCCAUCAUCAGAAAACAUUAGAUAACGUCAGCUAGUUUCCUAU